AUGCGAGCACUCCAGAAGAAUGCCACAUGGGAGCUCAUGCCUUUACCUCAUGAAAAAAAGACGGUAGGAUGCAGGUGGAUCUAUACUUUGAAACUCAAAGCAAAUGGAUCCAUUGAAAGAUACAAAGCUAAACUAGCAGCGAAGGGGUACACACAGAUAUAUGGGUGGGCUACCAGGAGACCUUUGCCCUAG